GCAAACACUCCACUCACUUACUUUGGCAACAAGAAGAAGGAGAGAAGUCUUUAUUUGUUUGUUGGUCUGAGAAACAUGGCGUCUUUAGCAACCAUCGCCGCCGUUCAACCCUCUGCCACCGUCAAAGGACUCGGAGGAAGCUCACUCGCCGGAGCUAAGCUUUUCAUUAAACCUUCUCGCCAAAGCUUCAAACCCAAAUCCACAAGAGCUGGUGCUGUGGUGGCUAAGUAUGGAGACAAAAGUGUAUACUUUGAUUUAGAAGAUUUGGGUAACACAACAGGACAAUGGGAUUUGUAUGGAUCUGAUGCUCCUUCUCCUUACAACCCACUUCAGAGCAAGUUCUUUGAGACAUUUGCUGCUCCUUUCACAAAGAGAGGUCUGCUUCUCAAGUUUUUGAUUCUUGGAGGUGGCUCUUUGCUUACUUAUGUCAGUGCUUCCUCGACCGGUGAUGUUAUUCCUAUUAAGAGAGGUCCUCAAGAGAAGCCUAAGCUCGGUCCUAGGGGCAAGCUUUAA